UUUUAUUAUCUGUUACAUGGGCUUUACUCAUUUUUGGGCAUUCAAUUUUCCAUAUGCAAUUAAUGCAAAUAUGUUUUGGUAUUGCUACCUCAGCUGAUGUUGCUUACAGCUCUUACCUAUAUUCUGUUGUUAGUAAAAGUAAAUAUAAACGGGUAACUUCCUUAAUUCGAAUGGCUACAAUGACUGGAAAAUUUGCGGCAUAUUCUUUUGGGCAAUUUCUAGUAUCCACUGAAAUUGGGGAUUAUUUGUUACUUAAUCAAAUAACAUUGGGUGUUCUUUUUGUUUCUUUGCUUAUUUCCCUAUUUUUGCCGAUGACGACACCUAAAAGGAAUAAAAAAACAAAUAAGGAAAGUAAACAAAUGGAGCAAGUAAUGACCUUUUUGAAAGUAUUUUUGUGAAGCA